CGUCGUGGUGAAAAGUUCGUGCGGGUCAAAUUCUAAGACGGUGUCAAAAACUUGAAACUAUUAACGCCAAGUGCUAAACUUUAAACCAAAAACAAAAAAAAAAUAAAUAAAAACAUACACCGACCACACAGAGAGAAAGAGAGCAACAUCAGAAGAUAACAAAAACGAAACAAAAUAUUUCAAAAAUAUAUUUAAACCAUAAAACUAAGAAAAGUGGUUGCCAAACUCAUUAAUUUGAAUUUAAUUGCCACUCUAAAGUGCUUACUUUUAUUCUUUCAUGAAAAUUGCCAAUGAAAAAUUAAAUGUAGACAACCAUAAUUAAAAUAAAUGCUGUUCAUGCUACAUCAGCACUUUGAAGCCAACCUAAGGUUUUGCUGGAUGUUGGUUUUCAGCGGAAUCGAUUUGAAACCCUAAAGGAUAACAAUGGAUAAUUUACGGCUUGUUUUAAAUUCCAAUUGAUUUUGAAUGCAUCACAUCACAAUUAACGAGGUUGACCACGCGCAGGCCCAUGAAGUUUUUUUCCAAUCAUCAAAGGUGCUUAGAUUAAAAUUUGCCAAGGUUAUAGCAGAAACAGGAAAAUCUUUUGGGACAUUUUGCCAUUAUAGUAGCCAUGGAGAAUCUCGGCUAUAAGGAGGGCUCUACCAAACCCAGACGUAUGACACGCUCCAUAAGUGUGGUGACCAAAAGUGAAGCUGAGCAGCCAUUAGCAGGCAAUAACACAAGUCGCUUCAAAUCAAUCCCGCCCAAUCUUAUGGUCAGAUGGCGUAACAAUACCGAUGCUAUGAUCGAAGCCCAAUACCCGACGCCUGGAGAAUUUGAAUAUAUGGAAUGUGGACCAUCACCGCCAGCUGAAAGUGCACCCAGUAUGUAUGAUAGUUUCGAGGAACCCACCAGUGAAUUAAGCGUACAGAUAUGCAACGACACGCUACGCAUCAGUCUCAUCGAUCAGAUGAAAAAUGCCGCCGGACGCAUACGCUUCUUCGAGGACAUCGAACAAGGCAAUGUGAUUGGCGACAAUACCAAGACCCAUUUCGAAUCUGCCUCACAAAUCGAAAAGAAUUUGUGCUACUUGUGGUCGGCCUUCCACAAGAGAUGGGAUCUCUUGCAGAGUUUGCUCGACAUAGGAGCUGAAUUGAAUUUCUGUGAUCAGAAUGGCAUCACGGCUCUGCAUUUGGGUGCCUUCAGUGGUUGCUUGUCGACACUGAGCUUUCUGGUGCAGAAGGGAAUGAAUGUGAAUUUCCAGCCAAAAUGUUAUACACCCCUACAUUGUGCAGCAUUUGGCAAUAGCACAGAGGCUGCCAAGUACUUGAUCAACAAUGGAGCCCAAAUAUCCAUCGAUACCACCAAGCCAAAUUGUGAGGAGAGUCUAUUGCAUUGUGCCGUGAGGGCCAAUGCCUUGGAAUGCCUACAACUGUUUAUCAAUGAGAGUGCCGAUGUGAAUUCCCUAAAACCUAACGGUACCAAUGCCAUACACUUGGCCGCUGACCUGGGAAAUGCCCAAUGUCUGGAGAUUUUACUGCAGGCCCAAGGUGCUGAUCCAAAUGUCAGAAUUUGUAUACGCGAAAAGGAAUCGACGGCUCUGCACUUGGCCGCCGAUGAGGGUAAUGUGGAGUGUGUGGAUUUACUAUUGGCCAAGGGUGCCGAUGCUAAACUGAAGAACCAUCGGGGUUUUACUGCCUUACACUUGGCAGCAAGAACCUCUAGCUUGGAGUGUGUGGAGUCGCUGCUGAGAAAUGGCAAUGCCGAUCCGAAUGCCGAAGAUUUUGAUCAUAGAACACCUUUGCAUGCGGCCAUAGGUAAAUCUGAGAAUGCCUUUGACAUUAUGGAGCUGCUGAUUCAGUGGGGCGCCAAUGUGAAUCACAAGGAUAUAUAUGGCUUUACUGCCUUGCAUCUGGCCGCCUUGGAUGGCUUGGCCCAAUGCGUAGAGAUGCUGAUCUACCAUGGGGCAGAUGUGACAACAAAAUCCAAGAAGGGCACUUCGGCUUUGAAUGUCAUCACCCGCAAAACACCGGCAUCGGUGGCCAUGAUAAGGCAAAAAUUGGAUGCUGCCAUCACCCUGCAUCACUCACAAGACCCCGUCAAUCGAGAGGUGGAAUUGGAGCUGGAUUUCCGUCAACUACUGCAACAUUGUCAUCCCCGAGAGAUUAGCUAUUUGAACACCUUUGUGGACGAGGGCCAAAAGGAGAUACUAGAACAUCCCCUCUGCUCCUCGUUCCUCUACAUUAAAUGGGGCAAGAUAAGAAAGUACUACAUAGGCCGGCUGAUAUUCUGUUUCAUAUUCGUCAUAUUCCUAACCAUCUAUGUACUCACCGCCCUGGCCCACAACUGCUACAAUGUGAGUAACAAUGACAAUUCCACCAGCCAAGCUCAGGAGCUGUGCCAAUCCCAAUCCAUACUGGGCGAUAUGUUGCGCAGCAACCCCUUUGUCAUGGAAAUGCAGUGGGGCGUCUUGGUGGCCAUCACCAUAGUGGAGAUAUUUCGAAAACUCUAUGGCAUCACGGGCUACUCAUCGUUCAGACACUAUGUGACCCAGGUGGAGAAUAUCAUGGAGUGGUUUGUGAUAACUAGCGUAUUUCUCAUAUCCUACGUGUACACCAAAAAGACCUAUACCUUUCAAAAUCACAUAGGAGCCUUUGCUGUGCUCUUGGGCUGGACCAAUCUCAUGUUGAUGAUUGGCCAAUUGCCAGUGUUCGAUGUCUAUGUGGCCAUGUACACCAGGGUCCAGGGGGAGUUUGCAAAACUGUUUAUGGCCUACUCAUGCAUGUUGAUAGGCUUCACCAUAUCCUUCUGUGUGAUAUUUCCCUCGUCCUCUUCGUUUGCUAAUCCCUUCAUGGGCUUUAUAUCGGUUUUGGUUAUGAUGAUUGGCGAACAAGAUCUCUCGCUGCUGAUCAAUGACCCCGAUGGCAAAGAUCCCCCUUUUCUACUGGAAAUUAGUGCUCAAAUCACUUUUGUCUUAUUCCUGCUGUUUGUCACCAUUAUUCUCAUGAAUCUGCUGGUGGGCAUAGCUGUACAUGAUAUACAGGGUCUCAAGAAAACUGCAGGCCUUUCGAAACUGGUGCGGCAAACCAAACUCAUCUCCUACAUAGAGUCGGCCCUCUUCAAUGGCUAUUUGCCCACCUGGCUGCGUAAUCUGCUGCAUUACACCGCUCUGGUAUCGCCCCAAGCCUAUCGUGUAGUGCUGUGCGUUAAGCCCCUAAAUCCCAGCGAAAAACGUCUACCCCGCGACAUCCUAAUGAAGGCCUAUGAGGUGGGGAAAAUGCGCAAACAUUUUGGCCACACCAUCUCAGCCAAAAACAGCGAUGCCACCUAUUUGUCCUACAAGAAUAAAUACAACAGCGAAUCGCUGCAGACUCCCACAACCCCAAGUACCCCAUACGCACCGGAUGAUUUUGAGGCUACGAUUUUGGCCAACAUCAAUUCAAAAAUCGACGACAACACCGAUCGCAUUGAAUAUUUGACACAGGAAAUUCAAGAACUUAAGCAGGCCUUAAUAACGCAACAGCAACAGGCAAGCAAAGUUAUAGAUAAAUUAUUAAUUGUCAUAUCGAAUCAACAGAAAAAUAAUCUAAGAAAAUAACAUCACCGUAGUCAGUCAGCAGCAUUAGAGAUCGCAGAGCACAGUUAUCAAGAGAAUGAAAAAAUCGAAACUGUUUAAAAUUGUUAUCGCAACACUCGACUACUUCUACUUCUCUAGAAUUGCCAUGGUAUGUGUUUUACAAAUAAGUGUGGCAAAUUGAAAAUAUAUUGCCAAAGUUAAUAAAAAAGGAAGAAGAGAAGAAAGUCUACUUCAACUAUUCA